CACUAGUGAGAGAAAGGGGCGGAGAGACAAAGAGGGACAGAAAGAUAGAGGGAGAGUGACAUAGAUGAGAGUGGGUUGCCUACACUGGCACUGCUGUGUCCUGUCAGAGCUCUGGUGCUCCAUUUUUAAUGAUGUCCGAGCCAGGCCUGUUGGGAAGAUAUGUACUGGGCUAGACUCAAGGCCGGACAAGCCAGCUUCUGUUCAGUCAAACCUAUCAAUCACUCUGGACUGCAGAGAUCAAUAAGGAAAGGCACAUCAAUAAUGAAGAGCUGAGGACCUUCACUCGUCAAUCUUUUUUUCAUUUAUAAGACAUUAAGAACAACAGGGCAGUCAUGGAAACAGAAAUCAGAAUGAAGAAACCUGAGAAUGCUGACGAGAUCCCAGAUACCUUCCCCAUAAGAUUGGAGUAGUGUAGCAUCUACAGUUAAAUGUCUCACUCUGGUCUGGCUUUCACCUUUUUCAACAUGGACCUGCUAUUUGUUUUAUUAUGUAUACUACUGGAACUCCUCGCUGUAAGCUGCGAUGUGGAUCCAAUCCAAGGACGAAUAGUGGGAGGAUAUGCACCUACACGCCAUUCCAUCAAAUACAUUGUAUCGAUACAGUCAAUUAGAGGACAGCACUUCUGUGGAGGCUCCUUGAUAAACAAAUACUGGGUACUGACAGCAGCACAUUGUAACAUUGGAGUGGAACAAAUGAUGAUAGUAGCAGGAGACUAUUCCCUAAGCAUGUAUGAAGGGACAGAACAGCUCUUCAUUCCUCAGCUCUUGGUACCUCACCCCCAGUACAACAAGAUUACAAACAACGCAGACAUUAUGCUUAUAAAGCUGAAAGCUCCAGUGAACCUGAAUAGCUACGUGUCAAUCGCUCCACUGCCCCGUCAGGAGGCCUCUGUGGCCGAGGGACGGUUGUGCAGUGUAUCAGGCUGGGGCUUCACCAGCUCUAGCGGAGACAUACCCUCCACUCUGCGCACAGUCAAACUGCCCAUCGUCUCCACAGCCCAGUGCAACAGCAGCGACUCCUUCAACGGGAACAUCACAUCUAACAUGCUCUGCGCAGGCUACAGCAAUGGGGGGAAGGACGCGUGCAAGGGAGAUUCUGGGGGCCCACUGGUGUGUGAAGGCCGGAUCUAUGGUCUGGUUUCCUGGGGGAUGGGCUGUGCCGAUCCCAAGUACCCUGGAGUCUACACUGCUGUGUCAAAGUAUCGUAGGUGGUUAGACCAGACCAUAUUUAGCUACUACGGCUUCUGCAGCAAUUAACUCCAAUACGGUGUGUUUCCAUCUGAAGCACAAAACGAAUCUUGAACGUGAAACAUUGAAGAGGGCACGUUGUUUAGUUUCUAUAAAGCUGUGUGUACUUUAGUCAUCCAGGCACUACAUAAUGAAACAUAACCGUGUAUGCAUCGUCACAUCUGGGGGGGGGGUGCGUUUAGACUGCAGAGGAUAGUUUAAAAAUUGUGAAGUUGUAAAUGUUUUAUAAAAAGUAGAGUGAACGCUGUGUUUUCUUUUUUAUGUAUAGUCAACCACUAUCAAUUAUGGGUGGUUUUGUUUGAGCAAUUUGUAUUACUAGCAUCAAUUAUUUUAAUUAUAAAUACUAUUCUAGAUAGCCACCACAUUUUAAUUAUGUGAAGUAGAGAUGUUAUGAACUCUUAAAAGUGUCUACAUUUUUUUAUUAAAGGCCUACAGUAAUACAACAGAAGUGAGCUCAUUACAAAAACAAAAUUUAUGGAAUCAUUGCUAACAAGCUCUUUAACAGUUAUAACUGGCGUCUAACCUUAUGAUUCAAAAUUAAGUUGCUAAACAGCAUAACCACUAAUUUGUCUCAAACCCUUUUAUAUUCAUGCUCUUUAAUAAAAUGGUGGAUGGUGCUCUUUGGCAGAUUAAACCAAAGGACUGCCAUUAAACUCGAUUGAAAUAUGUGAAGUCAAGCCUGCUCAGCAAUCUCGGCUAAUAUUGCCUGUGAGAUUUUAAUCAUGUCACCCUGCCUGGAGUAAACACUAAACACAACAGCUGUAAUUCCUGGAAGGAAUGGCCAGUCUGCCUUUCCUCUAGAUUGCUUUACCACCCUAGAGAAUUCUGUGGACUCUGGCAAUACCUGAUAUUGCUAGGCGUAUCACAGCAGGAUGAAUACUUCAUGGCCUACUUUAAGGGCUUCUCUGGUUUCACCGUUGUGUGAUAAUGGGGUCACUCCCAAAGUGAUGAUGAUGGGUGUGUCAGACAGCCGUGAUGAUUGGCGGUUUCUUCAAGCUUUCUUCAGAAGUUGUUUCAUGAAAAGUGGUUAGCACUGUGCCGUCUUUACGAUGGGUCUCUAUAGAGAAUAUCGAAUGUAUCACCUGACAUUUUACCAUUUGAGGUUGCCAUAUUCAGCUCCUGAAAUAAUUCAGAGACCACUACACCUUUUACUUUCCUUCCCAAAAAAGUUGAAAAGGAAAGUUUUGAGUGAGGAACACAAGCGUUAGAUUUGCAGUGGCUCUUAAUUUUAACCCUUCUGACUUUUUUGGAAAGGAAAGAAAAGGUUGCAGUGGUCUUCAAAUUUUUUCCAGAGCUGUAUAUAUAAAAUCCUGAAAGGAAUGUUUGAAGUUUUUUUGGUGGUUGUGCAUUGUAUUUAGUGUACAGACAAAAAAGGCUCAGUGAACAAAAAAAUCCCAAGGAAAAGGUCUAUUGGUUUGUUUGUUUGGAGAAUGAAAAUGACUCCUUCCAAAAACUAGGCCAGGCUGUGACAUCCAAAUUCCCUUAACAGUGCUGGAAACUGUUAACUAGAUUUUAUUCUCGUCAAUGAUUUCUAACGCCUUCCCAUUGGGAUCUGUUAGUCAGUGAACAGCAGAGAGGCUGUGACCCCAUCUAGUACAUGUCCAUCCGUUUCUAGGCAAAAUGUUCAGACAAAGACGGUUUAUUAUUAACAAAACCCUUUUCUCCAGUAAAAUUGGCUGGAAAAAGUUAAUGUGCAGAAACACAUGAUGGACUUGCUGUGCUGUCUGUCAAUUCCUCACUUUUAGGUGUUUGUAGAACUUACUGGUCAUUGUCAGUCACAUGUUACAUCACUUUGAAUUACAUGCUCAUAAUGAAUCUUUAUAAAUCACACAAUAUAUACAAAAUUAUAUGUUGUGCCUAACACAAUAUAUUUUUGCUUUACAUUUGAUAUGUUGAGUUUUCCAAAUAUGAAGACUAACAUAAACACAUUCUAUUUAACAAAUCUUAUUAAUAAAACAACGUCCACAACUUCAUGUCCUGAACGAGUUGAAUUUAUACAAAUACUAAUAAUCUUUAAAAAAUUACACCACUGCAAAAAAAAUCUAGUUUUCGCAAAGACAAUUUGAAGACUUUUCUGGACGCGUUGCACUACUGAGAAUUUGGUGGACAUUAUCAGAAAAUUAUAAAUUUCUGAACAAAAUAAUAUUAGAAUUAUUAUCAAAUACAUUCAUUCAUAUUUUAAUCUAAUUGAUUCAAGAGGACAUUUUAUAUUAAAAAAUAUACACUUUUUGAUAAUGACUUAUGUACUUUUGUGCAACUGCUGUGACUACCACAGCCUGACAGUGGCAUUUUCAUAAGGGGUUCUGACAAACAACCAAAAAAGGUGUGCCCAGAUGUGGACAAGCAACUACAAAAUAGGGUUCUAAAACACAUCCACUAAAUGUGUCUAAGAAAAUGCAAACUGAAAGCAAAAUUUGAUAGUUGAAUUAGGACAGACAGCAACAUCACUUUUCACAACUGAUCUGCAUUGAAUGAACCAAGGUUUACAUGACAUACUAUAGGAGGAGUUAUGACAGGGUGGGUACAAGAUGGCGGACACAUUGGCACAGUGUGAAGAAACAUACAAAUAUAUAUUUAAUCAUAUUGGACGAAAAUGUGUACUGUAGUUGUAUUUUUAUUGCCCUUUCCGCACCCAAGCACUUUCACCACAAGGGGGCGUGUGAUCAUCAGGGCACACAAACACAGUACAACAGCAUGAUGCCAUGACUUCCUCUAUAUUAACUGACCCACUACUUCUGGGCUGUUAUAGCAAUGAAUGUUACACUGACCUGAAUAAUAUGUCCAUUUCGAAAGUGUCUAACAAAGGUUGGUAAAAUGUGUCUUGUUCAUUUUGGGAACUGUAAUUUUAAGGGGUCCCUAUAACAAUGUUGCAUGAUCACAUGUAAUUGGCAGUAAUUGCGGACUGUUAUUACUGAGGUUUAACAACAAAUGCUUGUUACUAUGUAAUUACACUGUAAUAAGGACCCAAUCAAGCAGUACCUUCAUUUCUUGAAGGCAGCUGGUGCUCAUGUUACUGUGGCCUAGAUAGACAGAACCAAAGAGAUUUCUGAAAUCUACAUAGAGAGAACAAGCAAUUUUCCGUUGGCUAAAGACAAAGUGAGAAAGGCAGAGGGAGAGAGGGAUAUCUGUGGUAUCCUCUCUUCUGCCCCUCCAAUUUCUCCUGAAAGGGUCGUGACCGAGACCCCUGAGGUUAGCACCCGUGGGGGGGGGGCGUGUCUGUGCAUCCCCUUUCCAUCUCUGCCUAUCCAUCUACCUCUCUCUCUCUCCCUCUCCUUCUCCCUCCAUCUUUCUUCCUCCCACUCUUUUUCUCUCACUCUCCUUCUCCCUCUCUCUUUUGUCUACCCAGAACUGAAAAGCCAAACAACCAUUCUAAUGCCUCUGCCUCUCUUAUUCUCUAGCCUUGUGGGUCUAUGCAUUUCCUUUUCUCAUUUUCUUUCCUUUUGUGCUAGGCUAAAAGUGCCAGCAGGCUCUUCUCAAAUCUGGGGCAGAGCUUGUGUACAAUUCACUCCAGCUGGUACCCAUGCGGUGCGAGGCACAGCCCAGGAGUGCAGCCUCAGUGCAGAAAUAGAUAAGAAUUACUCUGCUAGUCUUAAUGCUAUAUUUUUAUGGUUAUUCCUUUUGUGAAAGAAUUAGAAGUGAGAAGACCUGAAAUAAGAAUGUUCUAUGUUUUGCUGUUUGUUUUCAAAGCAGCAUAACCGGCGACUACAAUAGAUGCCUCGAGCUCCUCAAAAUAAUACUUCUAUCUAGUACUUGCAGGUCUCCACUCUAGUUAAACCCAGGAUAGCAGAUAAUUGUUCAGACUUGCAUUAAUACAGAAACAUAUUUUAACAUUCAGACUAAUCUCUCCUGCCAAAAAACAACAGAGACAAAGUGAUCCAUUAGCUAAUGCAGAAGCAUAAGUCAUAGCAUCUGUAUGGUUUAAAGCGACAGCCAUCCGGUUAAUUGUUUCCCUAUCCCCUGAUUUGGAUGACAGACAGUCUGAAAUGUUUAUAACCAGUCAGCACUGAAACUCAUUACUACUUAAAUGGGGCCAAUUUAUUCUCCACCCUCAUUGAAAGAGCUACAGUAUCAAUGAGGCUAAAUUGAGAUGAAUAGCUUAAACACAGAGUCCUGUCAGUUUUGGCAGUGGGCUCCUGUGAAAGGACAGUGUACAUUAAAAUUGGUGACAUUUAUAAGGCCUGUGAAACAAUGCCAGAAGACUAGGAAGUGAGAAAUGAUGUCUCCUCUCCAGAGGCAGGGAGGGACAUAUUUGUCUGAAUGCAUUACCUGUAAUAUAUGUGCCACCUCCUCACCUUGUCUUCUGACAUAGACUAGUACUGUGCUAUUGAUAGUACAAUGUUCUUACUUUGGGAUAAAGGCUGUGGUUUAGGAUAGGCGCGUCACGCACCACAAAAAUCUGAGGGAGUACAAUGGAUUAGGGGAUUAAUUUAAUUUACACCCAAAACAAACCAAAGAACUCUUUGAUCUAGAAUUAUCAUUAAGCUUAAUUCUAUGUUAGAUUAUGAAAACAUUUCUGCAUCCAAUAAGCACAUAACUUGAGCUGUCUACACUCUGUUCACUUUGGCUUAUUUGUUAAAGAAACUAAGAAAUAUACUGAGAAAAUAAGCUUCUCUUCUUAAAUCUGGAUGAAGUAAUUUAAUUUAUGUUCAGUAAAUGUAAUAAUUGCUUUCUUUUCCAGAGUCUACUGACCUUGCCAACAGGCAUGCCAGCUAAUGUCUAAUUUAAUGUCAAAAUAUGUAUUUUCUUCUGCAUAUUAUAAGCAUAUCACUUGUCUAUUUUCUCUUGACUGUGUUCCCAAACGCAAAAUAUCCUUCUUUAAUCCGGGCAGAAGAAUGUCAGUCUUAUUCAGUUCAUUUAGUAAUUGCAUUAUUUUCUGAAGUCUACUAACCUUGCCAACAGGCAUGCCAGCUAACAUAAUUAGACAAGCUACCUACUCAUACUUGAUUGAAAUGACUUCUUGGUGAUCAACUGAAAUAAAAAUAAAAAUCCUGUGAGUUCCCCUCA